GCCGCCGCGUGCGGACUGGGGCGGCUGGCCGGGGCCUCCUCCAUCUUUCCCGACCGCCGCGUUGCCGCCGCCUGAGGGGAAGAAGAUGGCACAAAGGGGCCACGCCGUCGACCUCGCCGCUCGCUGGACCUCCGGCCUGGACGACUGAGAGGACGACAGCGGGCCUUCUCUUGAAUAUCCAAUGUGUAUCUCCAGUGAGAAUGUUGGAAAUUACACCAGCCAUUUCCCAUCCAUUCCACUUGCUACAAAUGCCUAUAACGCAAAGGCCACAAUUCAGGAUCCAAAAAACAUUGUUCUUAAAACUGUCUAGAUGAUUGUCGUUGCUUUGAUUGUGUUCUUUGUGAGCAGAAGCCUCCUCCAAGGCUUACGUCUGACUCUUGAACAGCAUAUUCGUUGUUUGCUGCAAACCUUGGGAGCUACCAGCAUGGGCAAUUCCUGCGUUUGUCGAGAAGAUAGUGGGGCAGAAGACAAUGUGGAGUCCAGGAGUCGCCAGGCAGAGAACAGCAGAAUACCAGUACCUGAAACAAGGAGCCAUCUGAGAGACCCAAUAAGACCCCCCCGGCGGGGGCGGGGGCCGCAUGAACCAAGAAGGAAGAAACAAAAUGUGGAUGGAUUAGUACUUGACACGUUGGCCGUGAUUCGGACGCUGGUUGACAAUGACCAGGAGCCUCCUUACUCAAUGAUGACUUUGCAUGAAAUGGCUGAAACAGAUGAAGGCUGGCUGGAAGUUGUCCAAUCCUUAAUUAGAGUUAUUCCAUUAGAAGAUCCCCUGGGACCAGCUGUUAUAACUUUGCUACUGGAUGAGUGUCCAUUGCCAACAAAAGAUGCACUGCAGAAAUUAACGGAAAUACUGAAUUUAAGCGGGGCUGUAGCUCACCAGGAUGCCUCUCAUCCAGCCAAACAUCGGAACACAACUGCAGUACUGGGCUGUUUGGCAGAAAAGCUUGCAGGCCCUGCAAGUAUAGGUUUACUCAGUCCGGGAAUAUUGGAAUACUUAUUACAGAGCUUGAAUUUCCAGUCCCAUCCAACAGUAAUGCUUUUUGCACUAAUAGCCCUGGAAAAGUUUGCACAAACAAGUGAAAAUAAAAUCACAGUUUCGGAAACGUGCAUCAGCGACCAGCUUGUUCUGUUAGAGAAAUGGACAAACCACCCGGACUAUUUAAAACGGCAAGUCGGAUUCUGUGCCCAGUGGAGUUUAGACAAUCUAUUUUUGAAAGAAGGCAGACAGUUUACAUAUGAGAAAGUUGACUUGACCAACAUUAUGGCCAUGCUGAAUAGUAAUGAUGUCAGCGAAUAUCUUAAAAUCUCACCAGAUGGGUUGGAGGCCCGAUGCGAUGCCUCCUCUUUUGAAAGCGUUCGAUGUACUUUCUGUGUAGAUUCUGGAGCUUGGUACUAUGAAGUCACAGUCAUUACUUCAGGAGUGAUGCAGAUCGGCUGGGCUACCAAAGACAGUAAAUUUCUCAACCAUGAAGGUUACGGUAUUGGGGACGAUGAGUACUCCUGUGCAUAUGACGGCUGCCGGCAGCUGAUUUGGUAUAACGCCAGAAGUAAACCACAUUCCCACCCAUGCUGGAAGGAAGGUGACACAAUCGGAUUUUUACUAGAUCUACAAGAUAAGAAAAUGAUUUUUUAUUUAAAUGGAAACCAGCUUCCUGCUGAGAAACAAGUCUUUUCUUCUGCUGUGUCUGGCUUCUUCGCUGCAGCUAGUUUCAUGUCUUACCAACAGUGUGAGUUCAACUUUGGCGCAAAACCUUUCAAGCAUCCACCGCCCGUUAAAUUUAGCACCUUUAACAAUUAUGCCUUCCUGACAGCUGAAGAGAAAAUAAUUUUACCAAGACAUAGACGCCUGGCCUUGUUAAAGCAAGUUAGCAUCCAAGAAAACUGCUGCACUCUUUGCUGUGACGAAAUGGCAGACACCGAACUCAGGCCCUGUGGGCACAGCGAUCUGUGCAUGGACUGUGCCUUGCAACUAGAGACCUGCCCAUUGUGUCGACAGGAAAUACAGACCCGAGUCCGACAGAUCGCUCACAUUUCAUGACACCUGGAAAAGAGUCUCCUGGAUUUUGCCUCUAAUCCAUUCCAUCCAGUGCUGGAGGGCCAGAAGGGAGGGCAUCCUGAACCAGUCGGUAGACUUUCUGAAAGCCCAGCCAUGCCCUGGUUUUCAUCCUUAACAAGAGCCUUUUCUCACCUAAGAUGAAGAUCUGUGAAAUUGACUCCAUUGCCUUAGAGUUGUGGGACCUUCUUUUAGCAGUAAUGAAAGCUGGUUGGUUUGUCUAUAGCCAAGACUGCUGAAGUCUCAUUUUCUUUCUCUCCCCAACCCCCUACCCCUUUCUUUCCUCCGUCUUUCUCUGCUCCUCCUGUUUGCUGAUCACAAGUUGAAUAUUUUGCACUGGAAACGUUAUGGUUCAUGAUCCCCUAAAAUGGGAACAUAUCCAGCUCUUGGACCUGUCCCUUUUAUUUUGGCAGCCAUCAUGCACAUGUAACAAAAUGCCAAUAUUUCCUGGUAAAUGUAGCUUCCUGCUGGUCAGCGAGACCCUCUGUACUUUUCGGACUGUUGACAUGAAAAUGUUCAAAGACUUGAAAUCUACAAGAAGAAACUGAUUUUGUACAGAAGGUGCAGAGACUAUAGAAGAAUCCAUUUUUUUUACAACUCAGUGAUUCCAAAGAACAUUGAUCCUUUUUGUUUUUUAAACGACAAAAACUUAGUGGUUAUUUUCAUUUGUAGUGUUUCUGAUUACUUCAACUUCAGUAUCUACAUUUUUGUGAAAAGAAAAUUAGUUUUUGGAAGGAUUCCUUACAAGAAUUACAGUUCUGGACUGGAGAAUUUGUUAUUCUGAGUAUUUUUAAGGUACCAUCUGUCAUUGCUUUUUUAAAAAAUUAAAUAUUAGUUCUUGCAGGCUCUGCACAUUAAAAAAAUAUUGAGCUAUAUCAAAAUCCAGAACGCAGAGCAAAUGUGUUAGCAUCAUUUUGGAUGAAAAUGUUUGACUAGCAGUUUCACUGUCUAGGUUUGUGAAACUGCAGGGUUGUUGUUUCUUUAAAGCAGACUCUAUCAAAUUUUGACAGUUUUAUUUUUAUGUUGGUAUGUGACCCUGUAUCAUGCAUUCAUGCUCUGGUUUUUCCAUGUGCUUAUGAAAUGGCAGGGCUUUACAGUUGCUCGAGAAUAGUCCGAAGAAAUUCAUACAGUUUGUACGUGUAUGUGUGGUUGGGUGAUAGGCCUUCAUUCAAGAGGCUGCAGAAAAAAGACAGAGUUCAAUUUCAUAAGUACCUUGGCUUUCAUUAUUCAAACAAAGGUACAGUUUUAGCCCUUGUGGUUGUGAAAACAGACUUUAACUCGUAUGUGCAUAGUGCUCAGUGAGGUCUCAGAAGUAAGAGAAGUGGCUUAAAAAAAGCUUGCCCUGGAUUGGGGUCUAUGCCCUACAUACCUCCUUGCUUUUGUCCCUACCCCAGGUGGGAGAACAUGUCCAUCCACGGUUCACAGGGGGUGUGAAAUUCAGUAUUUCUUGCUGCUCAUAAAAGAAAAAUUUAACUCUAGAGCGUGUGCACAACCUUAGAGCUGGUCCUUCCCAGUUUCAGUUCAGUUUUACAUUUCUGACCCAAAUACAUUUGCUUGGAAAUAAGUCCUCAAUUUCAUUUUUGUUGGCUUCUUCCUUUACAACCACUGAACAGAAUUUCAAAAACUCUUUACAACCAUUGACUGGGCUUUAGAAAAUUCUGCAGCUAGUUCUGUCUUACACUGUGUGUCCCUGCACUUGUAUUUUUCCCACUAGAUUUUUAAAGCCGUUUAUGAUAGGAGCAUGGAUGGGGUGGGGGGCAGUAAAAAAAAGCCCACUGGCUGAGCUUCAGGUAGAUUCUUCACCCUUCUUUUUCUCCUUAACAUUGUUGUGAUAGCUUCAAUGGAACAACUGCCCAGAAACAAAAUGACAGGUGCAACAAUACAAAAAGGGGAGUCUUGCUAAUAGCCACCUGGGGCAUAUAAAUUAUCUUUUUGCAAACAUUGGUGUUUAACAGUGCAGGGAAUAUUAGUUUUGACAGAAGCAGCACUUAAAUAUGAUUCUCUGUCGUGAACAGAGAAUCCGCACCAUUUGCGACAGUGGAAACAUGCUGCUGCAUUUCAUUCUUUAUGUUGGUUAUUCUGGUGAGUAGCAACUGUCCAUGGCCCCUUGCAAGAAAAGUUGUUUCUAAUCCCAGGCGCACAUGGAUCAAACCCUUCUUGUCAAUGGCCUUCCUAAAUGGAAUCUUUAUUUUAUCAAAUUAUUAAAUCAUUAAAAACAUGUGGAAUCAAA